AUGACAUCUGAAACUGAAUUGUCCGAUGGCAGUGAUAGUUUUGAGCGAGUCGAUCUCGAUGAUGUCGCUAAUGAAAUUGUCGCGAGAAAGCAACCCGAUGUGACAAAGAUCCGAGCAUGGCUUCAGCCCACAGAUUACGCCGCGAGUUCCAGUGAAUACAUGCGACAUCUUUCUUCGCAGGCUCCCGGCACCGGAGAAUGGAUCCGAGAAACAACUCAGUUCGAUCUGUGGCAUCUAUCGCCCGAUCAUGGUUCUAUCUGGAUUAAGGCAGUACCUGGUGCUGGCAAGAGCGUUAUCGCUGCUUCUAUGGUCAAAUCACUCUCCGAAGACGAAUGUGUUCCAGUCUUAUUCUUUUUCUUUCGCCAUAUCAUAGAGAAGAAUCGGACCAGCCGUUCGCUCCUCCGGGACUGGUUGUCUCAGCUACUGCCUUCUAGCGCCAUCCUGCAAGUGUCUCUUUGGGAACACGUCGAAAGCAAAGUGGCAUUAGAGACUGUGUCAAGCGAAGAACUCUGGCGGCAUCUCCAGACGGCUCUGAAAUCUCUGCCAAGAGCCUACUGCAUUGUUGAUGCUCUUGAUGAGAUGGAACUUGAUCACAAGUUUCUGGAGCGCCUCAACCGGCUUGGGACUCUGAAGCCAAAAACAAUCAAGCUAUUGAUGACAAGUCGCCCCAAACAGUACCUGCAGCAAGCUUUGAGAGACCCUGAAGUGAUUCAUGUCAGCCUUGAGGAAGAAUUAGUCAAGCGUGAUAUAGCACUCUUUGUUCGCCAACGUGCCGGAAAGCUUGUCACACAUGGGAUCAAUCUUGAACUGCAGAACUUGGUGUGUGAGACCGUGUGCGAACGUAGUCAGGGACUGUUUCUUUAUGCACGUCUCAUGCUGGAGCAAAUCACCGAUCUUGUCAGAUCAUCCAACCAGGAUAAACAAAUCCUCCGUAAUGUCAUCCUCAAAAUUCCGGUCGGGCUCGAAGCGAUGUACGACAGCGUUCUAGCCGAACAUGCUCGUAGGACUGGGAUCGAUGUAUCCGUCCAACUAUUCAUCUUACAGCUGGUAACGCAUUCCUCCAGACCUUUGCGUCUCAUCGAAAUCGCAUCAGCUCUUAAAUCAUGCCUUCCCUCCACAUCAUGGAAUCGUCGGAAAGAACUUGUGCGAUCAGGCUGCGGCCCUCUGCUUGAAUGCAUGGAAGACGAGACCAUUGGUGUACUACAUCAUUCUUUUACCGAGUUCCUGACAGACGCGAAUAGGAGACUGCGCGGACUGCAGAGCUUCCCAGUCGUGGAAUCUUCAAGUGCACAUAGAGCUAUUGCACUGGUCUGUCUUUACACACUUCAAUGCAAUGGUGUCAAGGGGAUCAGCCUAUACCAGCAGAGUGAAGCAGACGAGAAGGAUGAGCUGGAUGACGAGUAUGACUAUCGCAGACCUCGAACAAUGCGUAAGCUUGAAGGAAUAUACGAGAAGGUGGCCUUGAUGUCUUACGCGGUCAAAAACUGGUUCUAUCAUACUCGCCAAUUGACGGACUCAACAGACGACAGUUUCUACGACGAGCUUACCAGAUUUUCUGUACCCAGAAGCUCGCACUUCAGAGCUUGGAUCAACCUCUAUAAUGCCAGUUUACCGCGAAACAAGUAUGGGAGUCUCUCAGACACAGGCACUCUGGCAAGGAAAGGAACCACAUCUUUGCACAUUGCUGCUGGGUUCGACUUAUUACACUGGGCACAGAGACUGAUUCGUGGCGGCGUUGACCUCAAUGCGCGAGAUGACUAUGAUGCUACAGCGAUAUACUAUGCAUCAAAAGCUGGUCAUACUGGAAUGGUUAAGCUGCUCCUCGAUGCUGGCGCAGAUCCAGAUAUGGACUGUUGUAAUGGCCAUAAGCCACUACACGAGGCAGCAUCCAGAAAUCAUGCGCAGGUAGUUAGAUUGUUACUUGAAGCUGGUGUCAGUCCAAAAACUGGCAAGACUCGCGAUCCUGGGAGGAAAUGUGGUAAUGCCAAGUCAAGCAUAGGUUACCAUCCUCUGCAGUUCGCUGCAAAUCGGGGUCACAUUGACACGGUUCGAGAGAUGAUCCCCUAUCUGACCCGCGAGGACCUUCACGAAGCUCUUGGUGAUGCUGUAAGUGGGGGACACGCCCCUUUGAUGACAUUCCUGUUAGAUGAUGCAAAAUUGUCUCCUGACUGUCGGUCUAAAAUUAGACAUGGCGGUGUUGGCAGAACUAUUGGUGGCAAGCCUAUCCUUAUCCAUGCCAUUCAAUCGAGGAAUCCUGAGUGCGUAAAAGUUCUCCUGGAUCGUAGGGCUGACAUUAACGUGGGGAUCGAUAUGGAAGGCUGUGACGAUGAGUCAGCAUCUUAUCCAGUAUCACAACGUGAUGAGUCUCGAAGCGUACUGCACCAUGUCGCGGGAUGCGGCCCGUACGGUGACCAAGAUGAAACCAUCCAAGAAAUGUUAGAUUUACUCCUGGCGGCCGGCGCCGAUCUCGAGGCAAGGGAUAGAGACAUGAGGACUCCUCUACUCCAUACCAUCAGCCUACGAUUCCCAAUGCUGAGAUCACUCGAGCUAUUCAUAAAAGCUGGGGCUGAUGUUCUAGCUAAGGACAAGGACGGUAACACUCUGCUGCACCAGGCAUGUGCAUAUAGUCUGCAUGAGCUGGAAACCAUCACUAGGGUACUGGAAGCUGGCCUAGAUCCGAAUAUUGCGCGAAUCUCGGAUGGGAAGACACCCCUACAUCUCUUUUUGUCACGAACUCACUAUAAUUUAGAAGCACUGACGCUGCUCUUAGAGCAUGGAGCAGAUGUCAACAGCCAGGACAACGAUGGUAACAGUCCGCUGCACUAUAUGUACCGGAAUAGCAAUACAGUCAUGGGAGCUUUGACUCUACUAACCAAUCGAGGUGCUUGGAUCAACGCACAGAAUAAGAGUGGCAAGACCUCCCUACAUUCCCAUGCCGCCACAGGCCCACCGCGAGGUACAUCUUGGAAAACAUUGUUCGAGCAGAAAUUGGAUCUCGCCAUUGAUCAUGGUGCUGAUUUGGAAAUCCGCGAUCUUGAGGGCGAGUCUGUUCUAAUGACAGCGGUAGAGCUCCAACCUCAUCUAGUCCAGCUAUACCUUGAUCUUCCACAGCACCCGUCAGUCUUGACAAGGACUAAUCAAGGAAAGACCCUAUUGCAUAAAAUUUGUUCUGUAAGGCGAAGCUAUGACGCUCUUGACACGAACACAUUCGAUCUCUUGCUCAAGUAUGGAGCCGAUCCUAUGGUUCUGGAUUAUUCUGGCAAUACCCUGCUCCAUGAAUUUGCGCCACAUUUCAACGGGUCAUCUGGUGACAUUGAAUUCAUCUCGAAGCUCGUCAAAGCCGGUAUAUCCCCACGAUCAGUCAACAGUAGGGGGCAAACCGCAGCACAUCUCAGCACUGUAUCGACCGAUAGAAAAGAGAAAAACCGGUACCAGCACCACCACAUACCAUAUCGAAAAAGUUUUGUGUCCGUAUUGUUAGACCUGGAUCCUAAAUUCGACCCAAACACUCCAGAUAGCGAAGGUAUGAUGGCACUCCACAACGCGAUCUUAUCAUCGACAAGGGAAGCUUAUGAGCUUAUUGAUGCUGGUGCUGAUGUGACUUAUUCAAAUUCGAAAGGCGAGACUCCACUCCAUCUCGCUGCUAAAUCUGGUUGUGCCGAUACGGUUGCUCUUCUCUUGGCACAACUAGAAGAAGUUUCAUCGUCCGGCAUAGAUUCAGUCGAUUGUUUGGGAAAUACUGCGCUGCACUACGCUUGUCAGUCUCAUGAGCCGGAAUCUGUGAAGCUACUCAUCGACUCUGGUUGUAACAUACAUAUUCGCAACAAAGCUCAAAAGUCCGCAUUUGAAGUGUUUGUCGAAAGUUUGCCCGGUGAACAUGCGAUAAAAGCACCCCAGAAGCAAGAUAUGCUGCCACAGAUUGAUCACGAUAGUAAACCAAUGAGUUCCAUUUACCGGGCAGGCGAAAUUAGAAAACUGCUGAGAGACGCUGGCGAGAAGUCAGAAGCAACUCACGAUCUCUUUAAGAGAACAGAUUGGCUCGAAACCGCACGUGAAGGCGACGGCUAUACUAAUAGCACAGACAUCUGGCAUCGGCUUAGAGACGUACACGAAACUGGCGUGAACAAUCUAAUGAAACAUGGUAUUAAUUGGCACAUGACUGACUCGACUUGUUGGUCGCAAGAUACGCCAGUCACUUACCUUGUUUCACAAGCUAUGACGGGAGCAGUUCGCAAAGUCGCUCAUUUCGGCAUGCUUUACGACGAUCCUGAGUUUAUUCGUGGUUUCAAGUCAACUGCCUCGCGCAAUGGUCUGCCGCAGCCACUACUUCAGACAGCAUGUAAAAGCACUAAUUAUAAUAUGAGUAUGAUCGAAUUACUCUGGAACGAUGGUAAUAUAGACGUCAAUACUCAUGGCUUAGUAUUCCAGAAGACUGGUAAUCAUUCAACAGAGAAUAUCGUCCAAGGAUCCACUGCACUGCAUUUACUUGCUCGGGGUACCUCAUUCUGGCAUAUUAAAGCUUUAAAAUAUCUCCUAGACCUUGGUGCGGACCCCAACGCCCUUGACCAGGACGGUGCUACACCAUUGCACGUUGCAAGCUCUGAUCAUUACGGUCGCCCUGGUUUCUUUGCACCACAAUGUUGUAAAGUACUGCUUGACAAUGGCGCAGACCCAAAUAUUGUGGACAAUGCUGGAUUAGUCCCUCUAAACAGAGCGAGAGAUGGACGAGACAUUGUUGGGAUACUCCUGGAAGCUGGAGCGAACAGCCAGGCCGGGAACAAGAACGUCCUCAUUUCUGCGAUCGAGUCGGCCAGUCCACAGUUGGUCCAGCUCUACCUCGAUCAUGGAGCGGAUCCCAACAUACCGUACAAGCCAAAUGAUAGGUUGUCCGGACUUGAUAUGCGGCACGACGAAGGUGACUUCGAGUACCCCCUUGUUAUAGCUUGUAUACCAUCCGCACACGCCGGCUGCUCCAAGCAGAAAAGUUUUGACAUGAUUACGCUUCUCCUUGAUCAUGGUGCGAAGAUUGACCUUCCAAUAAAUAAAGAUGAGACUUUGAUCCACUACCUGUUCAGACGCGCUACCACAGAACGUUUGGAAGCGUUCCUUGAAAGGGGUGAACUUGAUCUCACGAUCCGAGAUCCCCAUGGUCGGACGGUCUUGAUGGCAGCUCUUCAAUCAACACAGACUCACGAAUAUAGACGCAGCUUUCUUUAUAUGGAUGUUCGCAAACAGCUCCAAGCGAUAUAUGUCACAGCUGCUGAUGCGCUCAUGCGGUCCGACCUACACAGUCGCUCUAUCGAUUACCUUGCGGUGGACCAUGACGGCCGCAAUAUUCUUCACUACUUUGUGGAUCCAAACCCCGAUAGGAAAUCGAGCAAGUGCGACAAGGAGAUUCCUGCACAUAUCUUGACAACUCCCGGUGUUGCAGAACUCGUUCAUAUGAAGGACCAAAGAGGCCUAACACCUUUCCUCGACGCCCUCAGAGCUCACGGUAAUACGACAUUGGAGCAAUUACUUACCUCCUUCUCACCUAAUCUGUUCGACGUUGGUCCUAGUGGAAAUACAUGCCUACAUUACAUCGCGCGUGCUGGGCUUGAAAAUAUUGAGACUCGGAAACACAUCAUCGAGAAAUAUAUCUAUAUGGGUGGCUACAUCGAUGUUCGCAACAACGCCGGCGAGACCCCUCUACUUGCGCACCUUACCGUACCACCCGGUGACUACCCACAUUCUGAGAAGGAUCAAGUGCCAGUGCCAGGAUCUUUCAGCCGCGAAAAGAACCUGCGCUACUUGAUCGACCUUGGAGCAGACAUCAGGGCAACUACACACGACGGUGAUUCCGCAUUGCAUGUUGUUGCGCGACUAAAAGACUCAUUCGAGACUACGGCGGUUUUUAAGAUGUUGAUAGCUGAGGGCUGCGAAGCUCUAAGAGAGAAUAAGGAAGGUAAGACUGCUCUGGACAUUGCGGCAGCAAAGGAGAACAAAAGCAUCCUGAAGCUCUUUGCGCGGAAGAAGGCGUAG